UAAAACCUACUGUGGGCACAAAGCACAUCAUCGAGAUACAGGACAUUGAGAAUGUAAUUACAACAUUGGGUAUCAAACCCUGAACUCCCAUACCGAGCACUCCCAGUCCUUGUUCUGAUUCUUGAUUAUCAGACCCCUCCCCCACCCAGAAUGUCUGUGGUGCAUCAUUUGCCACCUGGAUGGUUACUGGAUCAUCUUUCUUUCAUUAACAAAGUCAACUAUCAACUUUGCCAGCAUCAAGAGCCUUUUUGUAGCAAAAACAAGCCCACUUCUUCUGUCUACCUGGAUUCUCUUCAGCCGGAUCUCGUGUCUCCUUUUGGAACUCCUGCUCCGUGCUUUGCUCCUGACUCCACUACUGUGUUAGACAAGGAGGAUGGUGGAAGUUGUGAAGUGAUCACCCAAAAAUAUGUUUUUCGGUCCGAACUAUUUAAUGUCACCAAACCUUACAUAACUCCAGCCGUUCACAAAAAGGACCAGCAAAGUAAGAAAGAUGAAAAUCUAGUGACCGGUGAAAAACAAGAGGUCUCUGUUUCUGUUGGGAAGAAACGUAAAAGAUGUGUUGCUUUCAAUCGAGGUGAAUUGGAUGCUAUGGAAUAUCAUACAAAGAUCAGAGAGCUGAUUUUGGAUGGAUCUUCGCAGUUAAUCCAAGAAGGUCUCAGAAGUGGUUUCCUUUUCCCACUUGUUGAAAAACAUGAUGGCAUUAGUGGACGCAUCACUUUACCGCUUGAUGCCUGCAAUUUGUCAGAGUUAUGCGAGAUGGCAAAGCAUUUGCCUUCCGUGAAUGACUUGGAGCUUCAAACGCUACAGUUGAUGGGAGAUGAUGUGUCUGUUACAGAGCUGGACUUAUCUUCACGGAUCAUUGAAAACAACUCUAGCUUUUCCAAAAUGAUCACUUUAAUGGGACAGAGAUAUCUGCUGCCACCAAAAAGCAGCUUUCUUUUGUCUGACAUUUCUUGUAUGCAGCCACUUCUUAACUGUGGUAAGACAUUCGAUGUGAUUGUGAUUGAUCCACCAUGGGAGAACAAAUCGGUUAAAAGAAGUAACAGGUACAAUAGUUUAUCACCACAGCAGAUAAAGAGAAUGCCUGUCCCUAAGCUGGCUGCUCCUGACUGUCUUGUCGUUACUUGGGUGACCAACAGGCAGAAGCAUCUGUGUUUUGUGAAGGAGGAACUAUAUCCUUCAUGGUCUGUGGAAGUCAUUGCAGAGUGGUACUGGGUAAAAAUCACAAAUUCAGGGGAGUUUGUGUUCCCAUUGGAUUCUCUACACAAAAAGCCUUAUGAGUGUCUUGUUCUGGGGAGAGUUAAAGAAAAAACUGCUUUAGCAUUAAGGAAUGAAGCUGUAGGAACGCCCCCGGUUCCAGAUCAGAGGUUGAUCGUCAGUGUGCCCUGUGCUCUGCACUCACACAAGCCGCCUCUCGCCGAAGUUCUGAAAGACUACAUCAAGCCAGGUGGCCAGUGUUUGGAAUUGUUUGCUCGAAAUCUACAGCCAGGUUGGAUGAGUUGGGGCAACGAAGUCCUCAAGUUUCAGCACAUGGAUUAUUUCAUUGCUCUGGGGUCUGGACCUGACUGAAAAGGUGUGCUGCCUUUACCCCAGCUCCUUUCUCCGAACUCACUCCCCUUGUACCAGGCCGUGUGUUAGACAUAGGAACUUUUAUACCAAUCAAUCAGUGUGCGUAGCAAUGUAUAUACAUCCCCCACAGCCCUUUGCGGUGAGUCUCUCCCUUCCUUCCCUGAUCUCUGGUGGUUUCUUUUCUCAUGUUAGUGUUAGUGUUUCCUGUUUAGAAACCUCUGGAUGUGGAGCCAUGUGGUGCAGAAACCCUUGAGUCUGGCUUCUUCCACUUAGUAUUCAGGAAAACCACUAGCACCAUUUAUAAGCCGCUCCCUGUGUACUUAGGAAAUGGUUAGACUGAAAGCACUUGGACAAGCUCGCUUCACCUACUCACUGAUUUCACCAGACAUUAAUUUUGAGGUUUGUUCAUCUUUUGAGGGCGUAAGGCUAAUGCCUUUUAUUAUUACUUUAAACUGCCAGUUGAAUACAUGACUCAUUGAAUUAUUAAGUAUAUUCCUUUAAGCUUUCUAUGGAGUUUUCCUGUCUAAAUUUUUUUUUUGUUUGUUUGUUUCCGUGCACCGGAUAUCCUGACCCACACCUGACUUUCUGCCUUAAAAAUAAAACCAAGGCCACACCUC